AUGAAGAAACCGCAGCCAAGUGCGGCCGCAUCCCUGUUGGAUUUGGUUUCUUCCACAAAGCCCAGGGCUUCCUCUUCUGAUUCUGAUGAAUCUGAGUCAGGACAGGGCACAUCAGGCUCUUCGUCAGAUGCGACCUCAUCAUCCGAGGAAUCUUCAAGUGAAAAUUCUGAGUUGGCAAGAUUGCGGAGGAAGGCGAGAACAGAGAAAGCACGGGCCACUUACAUGAAAAAUGUUACAGAGAGAAAAACAAGAAUGAAGUUGGAAAAGAAUCAGCUGCUCCCAAAUAGUCACCCAGCCGCUAAAUUUCUGAAGGAUGUUGCCCCACACAGCAAAGAUGAAAUCACAAAAGCAGGCAGCAGUAAAACUGACGCCAUGACAAGAACGAGGCUGUUGUGGUCCUGGUUUACAUCUUUCUAUGCUUCCAUCACCUCAUUCUUGCAUUCUGGGCAUUCUUUCGGGCAUGUCAUCAACCUUUGUGUCAUUGACGAUACCAAUAUGCGACUGGCAGUGCCAAAGACAGACCGAUGGGGCCUGGGAGGCUUUAGCAGGGUGAUUGCCAUCAUGAACAACAUUCAAACAUUGAUUUUUCGCUAUGGGCAGUCAGAUGACCCUGAGAACAAAGAUAAAUUGCGUACAUUCUUUGUGCACACUCCAAUGGUUCCACUAGAGAGAAGCAAUGCCAAUGGCAUUUUAUCGGAGUUCGUAUCCUGGAUCUUUGUUUGGUUGGGAUGCAUUGGUAAGCGAUGGAAACGAUUUUCUCAGCCAGCUGCAGGGUCGUCCCCGCAGGUACCCAUACGCAUACAAGCAUUAGGGAUCAGCUGGGACUCGUUGAAAACCAACAAUGCAGUCUUGAAGUCGCUUCGAAGAUUGGCAGUGACACAUGCACAAAAGCAGACGGAUGGAGAGCCACAACAGAUUUUUCCAAUGAUUGCUGCACGCUGUGGCCUCCAUCAAGUUGCUUUGUGUCGCAAAGGCCUUCUGUUUCACUUCUCGGCCUACUGGUCGACUAUAGUACGGUUGGCUCACCUCUUUGAGGCGAACACCUUCCGAAAUCAGUUCAGAAAGGCCCUAAUCCAAGUUAUAAGCAGCAGCUUCGACUACAUCGUUGUUUCAGAGAUGCCCAGCCAACAUUCUGAAUGGCAACAGUCGAGGAGAGAGCUGUUUUCCAGACGAUUUGGGAUGCCAGAUUCAGAGGUAGCAUGGUUUGAAGAGCUGUCAACACUCAACAACUCAGACCCAUCCUCUCGAAGGAUAGCCCACUGGUGUCUUCAGGGUUCGUGUGGAUGUGGAGGACGAAAGGCCGCUCUUCUGCGUAUAUGCCAGCUGUAUGUCAGCAUCUUCGGCAAAGGGUUUGCGGUGGGCGUUAUGUUGCAUCAAGUACUCCCUCGCACUUUGCAGAUCAUGUCAGAGGGAAACUUGAAAGAUAAGGACUUGCAGGACAUCUUGACCCACAUCAACAUGUGUGUGGAUGAGGAUGGUGAGGAUUCCGUCAAGGACCGGGACUGGGAGGAAAUGCUUUUGGACAUUGAAGGUGGAGCCAAUGCUGACAUCACUCCUGCUGAGCUCAACAGGAAGAGAAAGAGGCUUGCUUUUUCUGCCAUUCUUGAUAAUCUGUUUGUUCCAAAAACGCUCUUGAUGGAGUACUUGAACUCCCCUCUGUCCCAUGCAAUGCACCGCUUGAUGCAGCGUACUGGCGACAUUGCCUUGAUGCACCAGCUUGCAGCUUGUGCAGAUGGUAGCGAUGACGCGAAAUUUGCAUCCAUGUUUUCAAGGUCUGUUUCCUUUUGCAAGCACUACAUGAACGGAGACUUUGGAUGGGACUUGAUAUCUGCUUACCUGUUCAAGUUGAAGGAUUUCCACAGCCUUCACAUUCCUCAUAUGGCGAAAGAUGCAUUUAACCUGUGCCUUGUCCAGAUGGGGGAAUGUUGGAGAAGAUUUGUUCAUGAGCACGACCGAUUUCCUUUCAAAAUGUUCGCUCUCCUAGAUGCUACCACCCAUGAUGAAUUCUUGGACAUGUUCAGCGAUAUGCAGACCCAACUGCACCAUUGCGAAAAAUGUGUCGACCUGGAGUUUGGCCAUGUCCUCUUGACAUUUCUGUCAAGUGAGCUGGUGGGGAAUCGAGGAGUUCCAGAGGCCCGAAGAAGGGUUCAAUCGCCGGAACAAUUCCUGCUUGACUUGGCAGCCUUUCUUCCCCUGAGUUCUGACACAGUGGAGUGCGCGCAUGGAAGCUUGCAAACCAGGAUGCAUCGAUUUCGGGGACAAAAGGUUUCUGACCCAGCUGCUCAGGAGAUUGGAUUGUGGUCCUCUAUCAAAGGGGCUUACCGCACUUUCUGGAACUUGAUCUGGAACAAGCAGGGUGAUUGCAAGGCCCGGAACAGACUUAAGCGUUUCAACAAGAAGGGCUGCAAUCAAUUCACAGAUCCUGAGCAUCGCAAGAAUCUGGGGCAACGUUCUCCUGGAUCGAUUGCUUGGUCUAUGGACCUGAUGGAGGAGCUUGUCAACCAGCCUGCCUUGGUGAAGAGACCGAAGUCCUUGUGCGGCCACAUGGUGGAAUCAGGCUGGAACAUCUAUCAGCGCCAUUGGUUCCAAGACAAGCAAUUCGACCCCUCGGAAUACAAGCAGCAGAUUCGACUUUGUUCUCAAUCCUGGAAAGCGCUUAGCACGGACUCCCGUGAAUCUUUUGAAGCAUUGGCAGCACAAGAGCAAUGUCUACGAGAUGAAACCAGCAAACAACCAUUCUCAUCUGGCUCGCAGAGCUCCAAAGACAUACCCCUAGGUGCCAAUACCGAAUCUCCAGGCAUGCCGGCUUUGACCAGACAUGCCCAGGGAAAGAUUUCGCAAAGCCGAACUGUUGAGACUUACAAGAAAUUUCGUGACAGCAACAUCUGGAAGACAUGGAAUGGUGGACUGGCUGACAGUGCUGGGUGCAUUCAACUUGACAACAUCGUCUUGAACAUGCCUCAUGUUGAGUUGAAAGAGAAAUGGACAAACGCUGUCAGCUCUCCUGUGCCCCCAAUAGAGCACGCAGAGGAGUGCCAGCAUGAAGUUUGUCACCAACUGUAUGGUUCUUGUAGCAAGACAGCCCAUGUACGACUUGCAGGCCAAUAUGUGCAGGCCCUGCAUGCUGUGAUGUCAACUGGAUACUUGUUUGCAGGGCUCUGCGGGUGGGCCCUUGUGAGCAUAGUUUUUCUUCAUAGAGCUGCCCUGGGUUUUUCUUUUCUCUGUUGGUAA